AUGCCGCAUUGGCCUAAACCACUUGGUAAAAGGCCUGGUGACUUUUCUCUGAGUCGCAUGAAAAGCUUUUUAAAUGGGCUCGAUAAUCCUGAGAAGAAAAUAUCACAGGCAAUUUACAUAGCUGGUACCAAUGGAAAGGGGUCAACGCUAUCGUUUAUAAGAUAUAUAAUGCAAGCAGCAGGAUAUAGUGUUCAUACAUACACCUCUCCACAUUUAAUUCAUUUUAAUGAAAGGAUAGUUAUUGCAGGUAAUUACAUUGAUGAUAAUGAGUUAUAUAAUUUACUAGAAGAAUGUCGUGCGGUUGUUGCAGAGCAGCAUAUCACUUUAUUUGAAGCUGCAACAGUUGCGGCCUUUUUAGCUUUUUCCCGCCAUGAGGCAGACAUUGCCUUAAUUGAGGUGGGUAUGGGUGGAAGGCUUGACGCAACAAAUGUGAUAGAUAAUCCAAUUUUAACAAUAAUUACGUCUAUAGGGCUUGAUCACACCGAAUAUCUUGGUCCUACUAUGGAAAUUAUAGCAACAGAAAAAGCUGGAAUAAUGAAGCCUAAUGUUUCUUGCGUAAUAGCACCACAAAACAAGUCUGUGAUGAAUACGCUGGAGCAUCACGCAAUAGGGGCAAAAUCUCCUUUAUAUAGAGGUGGUUAUGAGUGGAAUUGCACGCAACAAAAUGGUAAAAUGUUUUUUCAAUCAGCUAUUCAAUCAAUAGAGUUUCCUUUGCCAGCAUUAAGGGGUGGUCAUCAAGUAAUAAAUGCAGGAAAUGCCAUUGCAGCAUGUAGUAUUUUGAGUGGCAAACAUGGAUUUAAUAUUGGAGAGGAAGAUAUUGCUUCGGGUUUGCAAAAUGCCUAUUGGCCAGCACGGUUAGAGCACAUAAAAGAAGGGAGAUUAGUUUCUUUGCUGCCAAAAGAUUGGCAAUUAUUUUUAGAUGGUGCACACAACAGCGAUGGCGCAAGAGUAUUGUCUGAAUGGAUAAAGGAUAACUUUGCUGAAGGUAUCUAUGUGAUUUUCGGCGUUACACGCAAUAGAAAUGUAGAGGAGUUUUUGACAUAUUUAAAGCCAUAUACAAAGUUGUUAUGUGCAGUUUGCGUAAAAUCAGAACCCAAAGCAACAAGCACAGAUUUGAUCAAAAAAGGAGCUAAUAACAUAGGAAUAGAAGCAAUUGAGUGCGAAUCAAUCAGCGAUGCAAUAUUAAAUCACAUAUUAAAAGCAUCUACUCAAAAUAUAAAAACUAUACUAAUUUACGGUUCACUGUUCUUAACCAGAGAUUUGGCUAUAGAAAACAAUUAUCAAUUAAGAGAUGGUCAAGUUGCCUCCUCUACUGGUUAA